GGCGGCCCCGGGCCUCAGCAGGCGGCUCAGCCCGGCAGGCGCGGCUGCCGGCAGCGGAGCGAGGAGCGAGGCGGCGGGCACGAGGCGGCGCUGGACGGACCGAUGCAAGCCGAAUGAUGACCAGUUGUGGCCAGCGGUCCCUGAACCUGCUCACUGUCCUCUCACUGCUGAUUUCGGCAGUCCUGUCCGCGCAUUUCCGGGUCUGUGAGCCCUACACCGACCACAAAGGCCACUAUCACUUCGGCUUCCACUGCCCCCGGCUCUCGGACAACAAAACCUUCAUCCUGUGCUGUCACCAUAACAACACAGUCUUCAAGUACUGCUGCAACGAGACGGAGUUCCAGGCGGUGAUGCAGGCGAACCUCACGGCCAGCUCUGAGGGCUACGCGCACAACAACUACACCGCCCUGUUGGGAGUGUGGAUCUAUGGGUUUUUCGUGCUGAUGCUGCUGGUCCUGGAUCUUUUGUAUUACUCGGCCAUGAACUACGACAUUUGCAAGGUUUACCUGGCGCGGUGGGGCAUCCAUGGACGCUGGAUGAAGCCGGACCCCCGGCGGUGGGGGAACCCUGCCCGGGGGCCCCGGCCAGCACAGCCGGCCCCGCAGCCCCAGCCUCCCCCAGGCUCCCUGCCACAAGCCCCCCAGGCUGUGCACACGCUGCAGGGAGACACCCACAGCCCACCGCUGGUGACCUUCCAGAGUUCGUCUGCCUGAAAACCCUUUUGCCGUGCCUCAGGAUGGGGGAGGUGAGACCCGAAGCACCUGGCGCAGCCUCCAAGAAGUUCAACUUCAACAGAGAUGCCAGGGAGAGCCGAGGUGGCUGCCAUGGUGGCAGAGGAGGAAAUACCACCUGUGCCCCAAACCCUCUUCCGCGGACUUCUACGAUUAGGAGCAAACUCAGGGGUGGGAGCCCGGAGGGGCAGGGGAGGGAGUUCUGAGCCACCUGUCCGCAAGCAAUAGUCCCAUAUUGGGCUGGUGGCUUCUGAGAGGUGACGCCAUGGUGGACUCAAGACGACCAACACAAAGCUGCUCUGGCCACUUCAGGCCAGAAGAAUCUCGGCCUGUGCGUCGUAUCCGGGGCUCCCUCACCUCUGUUCCCUCCAAUAGUGGCUCGUGGGCCUGCGCGUGUCAGAGUUUUGAAUGUGAGUGUGUGUGUGUGCACAUGUGUGAUUUGGGUGUUCUCUUUGCUCGUUUGGUUGGUUGGUUUUUAUUGGGUCCCUCCAAGUUCUCUGAUACGGAGGCCACCCUGGGGUCUCAUCCUGGGUGCCAGCUCUCUGCUGCAGCUGUGAGCCAGGUGGAGCUGGUAAGCACAGGGCCCAGCCCUGCUGAGUCUGGGGCGCACUGGGGUGGCAAUGAGGGGUGUGUCUCUGACCAUCCACGGGUGGGCACUAGGUUGGGUGUCUCCGUGCACACCCAUCUCACCACCCAUGAGGGGGUGUGAUCACCCCCCAUCAGAAAUGGCUCUGGGCAAGGGAGGUGUCGAGGGUCACACGGUAAGGAGGGCACCCAGCCCCUCAGUCAGGGCUGUGGGAACCCCCAAGUCCAAGCUCCCAGCCCAGAGCACCCCCAGCCCAGUCCCAGGGCACCUCCUGGUCACUUCCCAGGGGGACAGGCCAUCACCCCAAGUUUUCCACUGUCACUGCUCUGGUCCUCAAUCACACAGCACAUUCUGCUGGAGGGCCUGCCAUGUGCCAGACCCCAUGCCGGACGGCAGUGGGGACAGAGAAGAGCAAGGCAGUCCUCAUCCCUGCCCCAGGGGGCCACCAGCUGUGUGUGGAAAUCCAGAGGGGAAGGUUCUAGAAACCCUUUCAUUUCAAGGUAGGACUUUCACACAGACCUGGAUGCCCAUAACAUUCACCCACGGAGCUGGCCACGGCCCCUGCCCACCCCCGCCCUGGGCACACAAGGAAGGGCAUCUGCCUGCCAGUGCGUGCACACUCACUCCACUAGUGUCAGUGACACCGAAGUUGCCCCCAGCUCUGAGCGCGGCAGGCCCUGCUUGGUCAGUAUGCGUCCCCUCAGCUUACACAGACGCAGCAGUGGGCAGGCAGGCCCCACUACUGCUCAGGGGCUGGUUUUCCAGCUGGGAGAGGGGCCCGAGAGGAACAGGUGGCGGGUGAGGAAGACGGGGAUAGUGGGGAGUGCUCUGCCAAUAAGCCAGGAACAGCGUGCGAGUGUGGGCUCUGUUGCACUUGGGCCAUCUGGGCAGGUCUUUCUCAGCAGGUGACGUGCCCUGAUCCGAAGGAUAAGCAAGAGCCAACUAAAAGAGCAUUGCAGCUGGAGGAAACAGCUAGUGCAAAGGCCCUGGGGCAGCAGCAGGCUCAGUGAGUUCAGGAAAUCCAAGGAAACCCAGGGCGGCAGGGACCCAGAGGGGGUGCAGGAGGGAAUGAGGGGGCAGAGCCCGGACGCUGUGGUUCUCUGUGAGUCAGGCCCCCUCCCUUGAUAAAGCAGAAGGAACUUUCCAGGGUGUGAAGUGUUUUCCAUACAGCCUGGCUCUUCAUUCUCUCAACGGCCCCAUAAAGAAGGGAUUCCAUUUUACGGACUAGGAGGCCGAGACUCAGAUGGGUGGCAUGGCUUGCCCAAGGCCCCCAGGUAGGCUGUGGAAGACCCAGACUCCUCCAGACAGUGGCCCAGGGGCACGGCCUGGGCCAGGCAACAUGGGAGACCCCUUGCGUGGGGUCUCAGUGGGGGAUGGGCAUGGAUGCCCUUACCUCAGACCCGAGUCGUCCAGGCCACGCGCCAGGCCUUGUCCUCGUGGAGAAGCAGUUGCCAUUCGGCCCAGCUGGAUCAGCCUAUACCUGCCUCCCAUGUGGGCAGCCUGGGAAGUCACCAGAACCUAACCCUGUGGCUUAGGGGGCAGGGCGGUACAAGACCCAGAUGCUGACAUCGGCUCUGCAUUAAGAGGAGUGUGACCUUGGGCAAGUCCUGUACCCUCUCUGCCCUCAGGUUCCCAGUUGGUAAGAGGAAGGAGUCAGACCAGGCUCUUAGAUGGCUGAGGGUUCAGCUUUCUGUGGUUCUGGGGCCCUUUCUCUGCCAGAAAGGAGCUCGUGGCCUUGCCUCCCUGCCCGAGGCCUGGAGCGGGAGGUCACUGUCGCGUGGACCAGCUAGAGCCAGGAUUCACUUGCUCCACAGCCCAGAGAUCUACAACUUGCAGGAUGCAAACCAGAUCCAGGGCAGCUGGUGGUGCAGGUGGGCGGGGCCACAGCCCCACCCCGUCCCGCUGGGUGGCCUUGGGCAAGUCACUUCCUGUCUGAGCCUCAGUGUCUCACCUGCCUGUAGGCUGGGGGUGAUGGGGGAGGUGAGGGUCAAGGACAGUGCACGUGGGUCCCCAAACCCCUCGGGACCCUGGGUCAUCCCCACCAAACCUGUCCCCAUCCUCCUGUGGUCGGCAGACAUGCCAACUGAAUAGUGUCCCUGAGAAUAAGAGGCGGAGUAGUGACAGGUUCCAGUAGAGACUUCUAGAGCUAGUGACUUGUAGUGACUCCCAAACCCGAGUCUUCAAGCUGCCUCUGUUUACUUUUUACUGUGAACUCCCGGCUAUCAUCACGCCACUUGUCAGAAUAACAGCAACAAUAAUACAAAAAAAACCCCGGGUGAGGCCGACACGGCUCCAAGGCACCGGUGUUGGGUGCCAGCGUGUGUGACUCGCCCCUGAGUGUGUAGGGACACCCCCCGCAGGGGAUCUCUGUGUUGUUAGUGAGCAGUUCCUUCCGUCCGGGUGUGACUGAUGCGUUUGGGAAUCUCUGUUGGGAACCACUGGCUGGCAGCCCCCACGGGCCUCUGGCCCAUGCCUUGACCUCUGAGGCUGCCCCUACGUCUCCAGGAGCAGCCUGCUCAGGCGAACAUCUGACGCUGGCCAGGACCAAUGUGAAACAGGCCUUAAUUGAAAACACGCACGCACGUGCACACGGGUGCCUGUGCACGCACACACGCACGCACACGUGCACGCACGCACACGUGCGCCCACGUGAUCCUGCAGGCAGAGCCCGUCUCUCUCGCUGUCCCUGUUGCUUUAGAAACACAGGUAGGCAGCCAGCUGGGGCGGGUGGCCUCUCCCCUCACCAUUCGCAAAACUCUUCAGGCGCGUGCACACCCCAGGACUGGAAAGGAGGACUGUGGGACGGGGUAUCUGGCCAUACAUGGCCAGAAAAGGAGGUGACAGACUUCUGCUGAGACACACUUCCCGGCUCACCAUCAAGUCCAAAGAUCCGCUUAGCUCAUUUCAGUGACGAGGAGGCUGUCGGGGGUGGCUGUGCCCAGGACCGUCCCCCGCACCCCCAGCAGAGCCUGCAGACCCCGCUCUGUGCCAGGAAGGCAUCCCGACCUUCACUGCCUGUCCAGCCCGCUGCCCCUGCCCUGGCCUGGUUCCCUGGCCCAGCAGACACCCUGUUCACUGUGUCUACAAGAGGCUGUGCUGUAAGACAAGCUUCCCAGGGUCACGGGCUUUUAAAACACCGUCAUUGGUUUAUUUUGUUUUCAACUUGGCUGAUCGGUGCUCCACCAACAGAGAGCAGCACGCCCUCGGCGGCCUCUCGAGUGGAUGGGCGGAGACCUCCUGGGAGAGCUGGCGGGGUCACGGGGCCCUUUCCUGUCCAUGCUGAGACGCAGCCAGGCCCUCACCGAGAGGCGGCUCUGUGGGACCCCUCCCACAUCAGCCGUGCCGAUCGGCCCAGACGAGUAGAGGUGACUGGGAGAUUCUGGGUCUUACAGCCCACCUGGCCCCCACAGACCGUCCGGAAGGUCAGAGGGGCGGCCAGCCACCCCGCGAGUGCCUGACACUGUGGUACCUGCCAUCUGCAGCCCUGGAACACAUUUCCCAGCCCCCUUGUCACGCAGACGCAGUGCCACACGGUAGUUGAGUGAACGGAUGCAGCUUUGGGGCUGGUGCCUGAAACACUUACACGUUGAGGUUGGGCAGUCAGGUGAGGCAGAAGGUCCCACAAAACCCAUUUGUGUGCCCACGCGUUCAUCCGUCUACCUGGCGGGGGCUCUCCCGGCUCCGAGCCCGGGACCCAUCUGGGAGUAGCGCCUGCUGGUGAUGGAAAACAUGCUGUGUCCGAGGGGGGGGCUGGGGUCAUGCUGCAGUGGCUGGUUGUGCCUAACAGCAGUGCUCGGACUCACGAAGCAGACAAGGGAGCAGGUGCCUCUCCCGACCACGAAAGUGACCUUGGAGGUGGUGUGGUCCCCCCACCCCAAGUUUCUAGUCCAAGACCCUGCCAGACAGCUGGUGCUAGACAGAUGCUUGGUGAGUGAAUAGCUGCAACCAUUAGUCCCACUAGACCCAAAACUCCUACCUUCAUGCCAAAGCCCUGACCUGUUUGCCCUUGACGGACCGAAAUGCAGGGCUGCUGCGGUGCCCACGUCCGGGGGCACUGUUCGCAGCGCCGUCACGUGAAUGGUCGCAGGCUCUCAGGGCGCCGUUCCCUGGAUGUGGCUGUGAAUGGAGGCUCCGGGGCUUGUGCGAUGAGGGGCCCUGUUGAAUGGCCCUCGACCACCCCCCAAAAAUGACAGGAUCCCGUCGAAGGCAGAUGAGCCCUAGGAAGGCUCACCCAUGCACCUGGUGGAAAGUGACAGGCGGCUUGGCCACCGAACUGGUUCGCGAGAGAACCUGUCUAGAAACCUCGCCCUGGUUUCUCCCGGGCGGUCGUGUCCUGUCUUUUCCCCCGUCUUCUGUGUCAAAGCUGGCGGGAUGCGUCACAGCCCACCACCCGAACCGCCAGAGGCUGGGCGACGCGCACGCUGAGGGUGGGGCUCAGUCACCUAACAAGGCAGGGCCCCCCAGUGGGUCGGCGGGGCCAGGGUGCGCAGCUACGGGUGGGACAGAAGCGUCUUCUCUUUCCUGUUAACCCCGACGUCGUGGGGACCGGCGUGGGGCCUCUCUGAGAGUGGAUAACCAAAAACCAGUAACGUUCCUACUAUCAAUAAUAAUAAUAUAAUGUAUUAAUAAUGAUGUGUUUUACACUGACCGCUGUUGCACUGCUUUUGUCUUUAUAUACAGUAGUUUUUAUAAAGAUGUCCUUAGGUUUUAAUAAAGGAGUGUCAUG